GCGGAUGUGUGGUUUGACAAGAUCUGUGGAAUGGGGUAAGGGAGACAGCCAGUAGCUGUCAAUCACGUGUGCCCCAUGCUGACUCAGAGCUUCAUCACAUUGUCAUAUCCUUUGCCAAGCCAGGAAGUGGUGAUGACGGUCAGAUACUUGUAUCAGGAUACUAGUCUUCUACUUGCCUCAGCAAUCACGGUGCAUUUUAGUUUUGCGCUCAUAGGAGACGCAGCCCGUGAAGACGCGCUGCCAGAGAGCCCUCCUUGAGCUUUCAACCGUACAUGGAGACAUACCUUUGUCCAUAGAGGUGCAGACUGCUGGGGCUGUCCGGUGAAGCGAUCCCGCCAUGCGUGAAUACAAGUUAGUGGUGCUAGGAUCAGGAGGUGUGGGCAAGUCUGCUCUGACGGUUCAGUUCGUACAGGGGAUCUUUGUGGAAAAGUAUGACCCGACAAUAGAAGACUCGUACAGAAAGCAAGUGGAGGUCGAUGGACAGCAAUGUAUGCUGGAAAUUCUCGACACGGCAGGAACCGAGCAAUUCACGGCUAUGAGGGACCUGUACAUGAAGAAUGGCCAAGGCUUCGCACUGGUCUACUCCAUCACGGCACAGUCGACCUUCAACGACCUCCAGGACUUGAGGGAACAGAUCCUACGAGUAAAGGACACUGAGGAUGUGCCUAUGAUCCUGGUGGGGAACAAGUGUGAUCUGGAGGACGAGCGCGUGGUGGGGAAGGAGCAGGGCCAGAACCUGGCCAGACAGUGGAACCACUGUGCCUUUUUAGAGUCCUCCGCUAAGUCAAAGAUCAACGUCCUCGACAUCUUCUAUGACCUGGUCAGACAGAUAAAUAGGAAAACGCCAGUGGAAAAGAAGAAGGCGAAAAAGAAAUCCAACUGUGUUCUGCUUUAAAGACCCCUACCCCCUGCAGCAGCUCUGAGCCAGAAUGCUGUAAUGAAGAACUGUUGCCCUGAUUGGAACGUGCCAGCAUUCCGAACAGCCCCUCCCCUCCCAAUCACCCUGCUCCUCCCUUCCCCACACACCCCUGACUCCCUCCCCCCUCCCCCCCCCUCCUCUACCCCGCACCCCAUCCUCCGCCAUCCGCCAUAAAAAGUGAAUCAGCUGACCGGUCUGUUCCCGACACGGAGACGGGGACGAGGGGGCCCAGCUCCCUCCCUCACUGUCUCUCUCUCACCUGCGAGGGACCCGUGUCAUGUGUCUCUGCAUCAGUGUUGAUUUAAACCCCGUGAACGGACAGUGUGUACAUCCAAACCACCGCAAACUCUUUAACAACAACAACCAUGACGACGACUAUGAUGAAAUAGAAAAGCCUCUUACCGCAGCUCAACUGCGGAUUUGUCGUCUGCUUACUUUGCCCUUAUUUUUAUUUUUAUAAAUUCUCUUAUUUUUAGAUGUUUGACGGAAAAAAAUAAAAAAGGAAUAAUACCAACCAUUAAGAGGGGGGGAUAAAAAAACAAGUUAUAACGUCAAUUCAGUAUUUUUCCGUCUUGGCAAUAUGAAUAGAUUGUUGCGAAGACAUGGAAAGUGGACCUCUUUAGUUGUAUGGUUAUAAUGAAUCUUCAAAAAGCAUGAAAUACCACAUCUGUUAAAAGUGUAGAUGUCUUCAAAGUGAACUCAAGUGGAGAAGUGAAAGUUUUUUUUAGUUUUUCUUUUUAUAGCCAUGACCCGAUCCUCCAUGGCUGUCAUGUCAGUGGUAAUAGAACAACAUCCAUGUUUUGUUUUUCUUUUGUUUUCCUUUUGUUUUAGUUUUGCCCAAUUGUUCAUGGACCUUCUCUCUUCUGCAGAUAUCUCUCUGAAGUGACUUAAUUUUAUACUGUCACUGGGAUUUCAUAGCUCCCAUAAUAUAUUCUAAUGCCAUUUUUGCAUAAUGAUGCUUCAGAAAAAAAAUGGGUCUUUUAUAGAAGAAAUAUGGGGGGAAAUAAGGAUUGAUUUCUAUGUCUCUUGAAGCCGAAAUAUAUUAUACUAAAACCAACUCUAAUAAUGCUUCUUUUGUUUUUUUUGUUUUAUUUUUUUUUGUCAAAUGAUGUUCCAGCUUUUAUGGAUUAUUAAAGUACAUUUUAGUACAUUUUCAUUAUAUUGGUCAAUGUAUUUUUGUGAAUUAAACUUUUAUCCAAAGCGUA